CGUUAUGAUGUUCGCACAGCGGAGAGUCCACGUGUGAGCGCGCACACGACACGCGUCGAGCAAAAAACUCGCAAAACUUUUCCGAUUUCCUUGUGUGAGAGUGUGUGUUAGUUGUUGGCGAUGAACUUUCGGACUUUGAGUGCUGCGACACGCUGUGUUUGGAAUAAAUCGCCGGUGGCCAUUCGCAACGAAACAAACGCUCAGAUUUUGAUCGACCUAUAAGCUACGCUUUUGCUUCCACCGCGGACUUUGUUUACGCACGAAGAACUGGAAUUAUUUACACUUCUACAAGUCUGCGUUACAUUUUCAACGGCGUUAAAUUUUAAGAUUCACAAAUGAAAUGAAAUCACAUCGAAAAAAGUUCUCAACAACAUGAAAGUGGUUGCGGAAAAAAUGGAAAGCGAUGACGACGACGGCUACUACAACCAGCGUGCAUGCUGCUGCAGAUCGAUGUAACCGAAGCGUGGGCGAGCAGAAUGUACCGGCCGGUGCGCAUUUUUCAACUCGUUGUCCUCCUUGGUUUCUGGCUGCGUGUGCUCGUCGCCGACUGCCCACGCCUUUGCGAGUGCAAGUGGAAGAGCGGGAAGGAGUCGGUGAUAUGCCUCAGCGCCAAUCUGUCCGUGGUGCCGAUGCACCUGGACGCCGGCACGCAGAUACUCGAUCUGACUGCCAACAAUCUCGUCGCCAUAAAGCACGACGAAUUCAGCCAGGCUGGGCUGCUCAACCUGCAGAAGAUUUACGUGUCCAAGUGUCGCCUGAAGACGAUCGAUCGCUACGCGUUUCGGAAUUUAAUAAAUCUCGUCGAGUUGGAUCUCAGCUAUAACGCGCUGGCGGCGGUGCCAUCGCACGCGCUUGACUCGAUACCGGAGCUGCGAGAGUUGAAACUGAGCGGGAAUCCGAUCCAGCGGGUCGGGCACGACGCCUUCGUGCACGUGCCGCAGUUGGUGCGCCUGGAGAUGUCCGAUUGUAAAAUUUCCAGCAUCGAAACACGCGCGUUCAAAGGCCUAGAUCGUUCGUUGGAAUGGUUGAAGUUGGAUAAGAAUAAACUCGUCGAUGUGGGUGCUAGUUCGUUAACUAUUUUAGAAAACCUCCACGGAUUAGAAUUAGCUGGUAAUCCAUGGAAUUGUUCAUGUGGUCUACGUCCACUUCGGGAAUGGAUGGUGAGGCGUAAUGUACCCUAUGGUAUACCUCCUGUUUGCCAACAGCCAAAAAGACUCCAAGCCAGACCUUGGGACAAACUGGAUCUAGAUGAAUUCGCUUGCGUCCCGGAGAUCUUUGCGUACGAUUCCAAGGCGCAUGGCAUCGAGGGACGCAACGUCACGAUGACGUGCCGGAUUACCGGCAUACCGGAGCCGAACGUGCGGUGGAUGCUCAAGAACAAAGUGAUCGCCAAUCUGUCCGGCACGCCGUAUUCGAACGGCAAAAAGUUGUACAUUGUGCAUUUAGAGAAUAGUUCCAGUGAUCUGACGAUACUCGCGGCGGACGUGCAGGACGCGGGUGUAUACGUGUGCGCGGCGGAAAACAAAGCCGGGCGGGUUGAAGCCAGUGUAACACUAGCGGUGUCGCGUAAGCCACCCGAUGGCCCGCUGGGCAGUAAAGCUCUACUGAUAAGUGUAAUCGCCGGCGUUCUCUUCGUGCUAUCGGUGUGUCUCGUCUCGCUGUGCGUGUUCACGCUGCGCAAAAAGAAUAUGAACAGGUGGCGGAAUCGGACGUGUCGCAGCGGUGAGGACGAUUACGAAAAGAUCGAAAUGGGCCGCAAGCCCGCGGAGAACGCGAACGGCCGCGUUAAUACCGGCGAAUUAGCAUUGGUGAGCAGAAAGAAUGGGGAUUAUCGAGUAGUGCCGGGUGCUGAUACCGAUCAGGAGCAGGAGGAGGACGACGACGACCCCAAUCAUGCGGCGGCCAAAAAACAACGCGAGACUACGUUCUGGAAUCCGCCGCUGCACGACACCAAGAUCGAGACCCAAUGGGACUCGGGCGAUCGGCUAAUAGAUAAUCAAGAGGAUUUACACAUUCCUCGCCGUUCCAAACUCUCCACACCAGAGACAAGUGUUGCUCUUUUUUCUAGAGACGAUUUAAUGAAAAAUCCCACUUUGACGUCUGGUACAUAUAAUGCGUAUCAGAUGCCGUCGACGUCCACCGGACGCACGCUUCCAUCCCUUCCGAUCAGUCAACGUAGCAAAACAAAAGAACCCACGAUAUACACCUCAACAUUCUCGACGGAUUUGUCCAGCCUGCUGGAGAGCGACGAGAAAAAGUACCCGGACCUGAUCGAGAACUCGCCCAAUAAAUCCAACAACAACUUUGUGCCCACUAAGGCCAAUAGUGAAGGUGGUAGUGUCAACGACAUCAAUGAAUUAUUCUGUACGCUACCCAGAAAGAGGGCGCUGGCCCAUAACUCGAGAUAUACAAGCACGGAUAGUCAAUCACCAUUACUGGCGGAUAGCAGGUAUGGCAGCAGUGGUGGUGAGAGCAGUUCCUCGUCUUCACGACGCCUCAGCGACCCGCAUAAAUACCCCAACCUGAAUAAAACCAGAGUCAAUCAUGCCAAUCAAGGCAGGUCCAAUAGUUACAUGAAUCUGACUGGGGACACCCGUCAGAGGACCUCUGUCCCACCAUCACCAAUUCGAGAAAGAGAGAUGUCAGCACUCCAGGCUGGUAAUUGCACUCCCCUGCUGGAUAUCGCUGCUCUUGAACAUCGUAUUGCUAUUGCUAGACAACCUACACCAUCACCUAGCAAUCCCCAGCCCCAGACGACCAACCUCAAUACCUACGACUACCAUGCAGCUCAACUGGAGCGCUUCCUCGAAGAGUAUCGCACGCUGCAAAAGGAGCUCACACGGAUGAAGGAGACGUGCGACAAUAUGAGACAGGACAAAUACCUUGAUCCGAUGCACAAUAGCCUACCGGUGUCGCCGUCAACGUCCGAACAGCUUAAACCCACAUCGCCCAACUCGAACAAUCCGGGCGCGCUCAGCACGGUCAACAACUUCGACAGUGAUCUGACGCGCUAUUUGCUAAAGUCCUCACCGAAAUCAAUUAAUAACAGCGGACUAUUUAACAAUUAAGCGGACGCAUCACUUUGUACAUAACAUACAUUGACAUAAACAUAAACAGAGAAAAGUCUAACAACCUUAACACAAAUGUAAAACAAUUAAACAAACUUGAUUGAUAUAAUUACCUAAAA